CCGUCGAGGUGGAAGUUUCCAGAAGUGCCCACGCACGCUCCCCAAAUACCUUCCUCUAGCUGACUCCCUUCCCUCUCCGCCCUCACGAGUCGCAGCCCAGUCUCCCUCUCGUCUCUCCGCCCAAGUCCUCUCCCCGGCGAGACGAGUCGUGUCCCCCCCCGCCCUGCCGCCGCCGCCCCAUCGCCCCCAUCCGGACUCGGAUCGACCCCUCGGAUGGCUGAUGAUAAUCCCCAUGGGGCCAGCAGUUCGACGGCGAAGCCAGCUGAUGAUCCGGAGUCUACCAUUGAGAUCAACAUCAAGACCCUGGAUUCGCAAGUCCACAAGCUUCGCGUGAACAAGAAUGUGCCUGUUUUGGUCCUAAAAGAGAAGAUAGUUGAUGCAACUGGGGUUCCUCUCGAUCAGCAGCGGUUGAUUUUUAGGGGAAGAGUCUUGAAGGAUGAUCACCUCCUAUCAGAAUACCAUUUGGAAGAUGGAUUUACAUUGCAUCUGGUCGCUCGGCGUGCAGCUGAGGGCCAGAGUUCUUCUGGGGCUUCUGAAGGAAAUACACACACCAAUGUAAAUGUUGCUGGAAAUGGAGGAUUGUUGGAUGAUAUUUCCAGGAGUGUUCGAGAUCUUCUUGGUUCCUUAGGCGUUGCAAUGUCUGGUGGUGUCACCAACGCAGCAUUUUCGGUUCCUUUGACGACUGCACCAGAAGGGGCAAAUAAUGUCCCUGGAAGAACUCAGCCAGUAAACCCAGCACAACCAGGGUUCUCAGUUAUGAAUCAUCAAAUUCAUGUAACACAACUUCAACCAGGAGGAAUACCUCGCAACAUGGUUAUUCCAGAUUCUCUGACAACUCUUUCGGAGUACAUGGAACGCGUGGACCGAGUAUUACAGAAUAAUGGUACUCCACCAUCCAGGGAUUCAGAAGGCCAACAACAACCAAUGGCAGAUGAUGCCAAUGUCAACCCAAGAUUUCCAAGUCCUGAGGUUUUGGCUUCAGUUAUUGAGAGAGCCCAACAACUUCUUAGUGGCAGUGCAGCUUCUUCUCUUUCUCACAUUGCACAACGUAUUCGGCAAGAUGGUGGCACUGGGGAUGCAUCUAUUCGUCGCGAGAUCCAAACUGAAUCAGUUCAGCUGGGAAUUGCAAUGCAACAUUUGGGUGCCAUGUUUUUUGAGCUUGGUCGGACAAUGAUGAUGCUUCGCACAGGGCAAUCUCCUUCUCAAGCUUUUGUAAAUUCUGGCCCUGCAGUUUAUAUAAACUCCACAGGACCAAAUCCAAUCAUGGUUCAGCCAUCAUUUCAAAAUACUCCUCCUUUUGGAGUUUCGAACAUACCAGUUUCUGGUGCUUUUGGUAUUGUUGAUACUUCUCGAUCAUCUGGUUUUGGAGAUCCUUUUCGAAAUAUUAAUGUCCAAAGUAGCGUUGCAUCUGCAACAAGUGGUUCAUCUGCUGGUACGACCACCACUUCUGGAGGGGCUAUCAAUGGGAACCGCCAAGAUGCAGCAAGAACUCAAGGAGGUAACCCACCAGGUCACCCAGCUGCAACACGUGGAUUGCCAACCAGAACAGUAGUUGCAGCUAUUCCAGCGCGGUCCUCAGCUGAGGCUCCAAACCAUGUCCUAAAUGUUGUCCUUCCUGUUCAAGUGAGAGGUCAAGUUGCCGUGCCUAAUCAGUCAACCUCCUCUCAAGGUUCUCAGACAGCAGUGGGAGCCCAACCAAAUGCAACAUCUGCUGUUUCACAAGCUUCUGUAGGCGGUGUUGCUGGUGCUCACCCUUUAGUGGCACAGAUAAAUGCAUUGGUAGCCAAUGCAUUGGCUGCCAAUGCACCUGGUCAGGUUUCUUCAUCUGUACAAAGUGCAGCAGACCAGGGAUUUCACCUGACUACAGACAGCAGAGCUGGUGUGCUGAGUUCUUCAACACCAACUACUACACCACAGCAGAAUGAUCCUUCAGGUACUUGUGGUUCCACUUUGUCAUCUCAAGACAUGAAUGCUGUAAAUGUUCCAAGUCUUGACAGUAUACAACAGCAUCCACAAUCGGAAGAUACCAGUGCAGAUACAGCCAACUUAUCAGGAGACCCUGCAUCCACCUGUACUCAUGAUGCUCCUUCGAGCACAUCAGCAGAAAAAUCUGCGCUGAAGAACAAAUCCUCGGAUGGACUGGGUUCACAAGCCCUUGAGCCUUCUGCAAGUGGCAGCUCUGAACCAGUAGGUCUUGGUGGAGGUCUGAUUCCAAAGAGACGGAGCAGAGCGGCAAAGCCAUCUGGGAGCACAACUGAUCCUGGUAGGGAUUCAUCUUCAGUCAGCCAAAACCAAGAUGCUGUUUCGGUGGCCCAGCAGUUUCUGCAAAGUUUUGCUUCACAAAAUACUAACCCAAGCCAACGCAAUGCCCCCACCUCUGGCCCUCCAUCCUCGAGACCACAGCCUACUGGAGUUCCUCCAAGAAGACAGGGUGGUGAAGGACAACCUGAUAUUGGCAGCAUGAUAUCUGGUAUGCUCAACAACCCAGUUUUUGGGAAUCUGUUGUCAAAUGUCGCAACGCAAGCAGGGGGUUCAAGUGCUGACUUGAGGAGCGUGAUGGAAGGAUUGCAGAGCCCUGCUGUUGUAGAUACUAUAAGCAAUAUUGUGCAGAAUGUGGAUGAGCGAGACCUUGGGGCCAUGUUUGGUUCAGGCAGGGGGCAAGGUGGCAUGGAUUUGUCUAGAAUGUUGCAGCAAAUGAUGCCUGUUGUAUCCCAAGUUCUCGGUGGAGCAGGGGCCCAACCUGUUGGUGCUAAUAAUGGGCAAUCUAGAUCACAGACUCGGUCAAGUGACACUGCAGGAGGAAAUAUGUUAAGCAGCAGCAACUCUCAGAUUGAUCUCCAUCAAGCUCGUCAAAGCAUUGAGCAACAUGAAUCUCCAGAGAAUAUCUUCAGUGCUGUCCUUGAGACUGCUGCUCAGGCUUAUGGUGAAGAUGACAGCAUUCGGAGCAUGCUCGAAGAGCUUGCCAGUGAUCCAGAGCUCACCAAUGACUACCUGAGACUUCUGCUCGAGCAAUUUCAGCAGAGGUUGCAGUCAGAAUCGCAGUCCGGGAGCCAAUCUUGAAGCAUUGACCGGCAAGGUCCUGUAGCCAUUCACCGUGAGAUUUAUCACUAACAUGGAAAACCAGAACUAAACUGUUGUUUGGGCGUUUUCAUUAUGAGGCGUCCGGUGGGUGUACAUGUGGCAUUGUAAUUUUCCCCUGAGAUAUCGGUGCAGCAUAUUGCAUACUGCGGUUAAAAUUGUUUUUACCAAUUUUGCUAGUGGUACAUACAGCGAGUUUUAAAGGUAGAAUUCUCUGGAUCUUGUGGAUAAUUUGGCAAUGCCAUAUCUAUGCAAUGGUCGCCGAACUAUAUAUUUUCUAGGCAAA